AUGAGAUUAGUGCUCGAGGCGCGCGCUUCACAUGCUAAUGCGCUGACGGUCUAUUGUCGCCCAUUUAUUAAGAGCUGUGAUCUCGGGCGGCUUCUUAAUCUGCCCAAUAAUGUCUAUGGGAUAUCUAUUAUCGGGGUCCGAACGAGUGCGACGACCCCGUACGAGUAUCGACACAUCGAGCGGCGGCGGGCGCGCGCCACGCACUUCCGACGCGACGGAUUUGCCGGAAUCGGCGCGGGCGCAUCAAAAGAGCUUGCGAAAUUCGGACGGAGGCGCGCGCGCGUGAAUCCAUUUGAAUAUCACUUUUCCGUGCCGACAUGGGAAUGGACUCGCGACGUGGGCGAUUGUGUACAAUGUCAAAUGCUCCGAUGCUCAGCGAAACGAAAAUUGAAAACCCGGGGAAUGUUUAUAGCGCAUAAUCUCAUCUUGUAG